GGUCCCACCCCGCUGACCUGACCAUCUGACCCUCCCAACGGCGGGAGCAGGCGGCGGCUCGCCCGGCGCCCGCGUCAUUUCCGGCGGGCAGUUGACGGUUUGAACGAGCGCGCGCGCGCGAGACCAGCGGCGGGAACGUUACGAGUCCCCUCCCCUCCCAUCCCCCAAUGCUGGCGUCCCCGGCUCCCUCCCCCUCGGCGGCGGCAGGCGGCCGCAAACACCGGGUGUGCAUGGUGUCGGACUUCUUCUACCCGAACAUGGGCGGGGUGGAGAGCCACAUCUACCAGCUGUCGCAGUGCCUGAUCGAGCGGGGCCACAAGGUGAUCGUGCUGAGCCACGCGUACGGCGCCCGCCGCGGGGUCCGCUACCUCAGCCACGGCCUCAAGGUCUACUACCUGCCGCUGCGGGUCAUGUACAACCAGUCGACGGCCAGCACGCUCUUCCACAGCCUGCCGCUGGUGCGCUGGGUGCUGGUGCGCGAGCGCGUCGCGCUGGUGCACGCGCACAGCUCCUUCUCGGCGCUCGCGCACGACGCGCUCUUCCACGCGCGCGCGCUGGGCCUGCGCACCGUCUUCACGGACCACUCGCUGUUCGGCUUCGCUGACGUCAGCUCGGUGCUGACCAACAAGCUGCUGACCGUGUCGCUGUGCGACGCCAACCACGUGGUGUGCGUCUCCUACACCAGCAAGGAGAACACCGUGCUGCGGGCCGCGCUCAGCCCCGACGCCGUCUCGGUCAUCCCGAACGCCGUCGACCCCACCGAGUUCACCCCGGAGCCCGGCCGAGCGCGGCCCGGCGCCCUCACCGUGGUGGUGGUCAGCCGCCUGGUCUACAGGAAAGGAAUUGAUUUGCUUGCUGGCAUUAUUCCUGAAUUGUGCGUGAAAUAUCCCGAUUUGCAUUUUCUCAUUGGUGGUGAGGGACCUAAACGAAUUGUAUUGGAAGAAGUGCGGGAAAAAUACCAGCUUCAUGAGAGGGUGCGUCUUUUGGGUGCCCUUGAGCAUAAAGAUGUGAGAAAUGUUUUGGUGCAGGGUCACAUUUUCCUCAACACUUCUCUAACUGAGGCCUUUUGUAUGGCAAUAGUUGAGGGAGCAAGUUGUGGUCUCCAGGUUGUCAGUACCAGAGUUGGAGGAGUGCCAGAGGUUCUACCUGAAGAUCUUAUCAUUUUGUGUGAGCCCACUGUUAAGUCUCUGUGUGAAGGAUUGGAAGCAGCCAUUACUAAGCACUACCAAGGGGUAGUGCCACCAGCUGAAGCAAUCCACAACAGAGUGAAGAAUUUGUACACAUGGAGAAAUGUGGCUGAACGCACUGAAAAGGUUUAUGACCGUGUGGCCAAAGAAAGGAUACUGUCGAUGAACGAACGACUGUACAGAUUGAUAACCCACUGUGGUCCUGUGGCUGGUUGCAUUUUUGCUUUAGUUGCUGUUUUGGACUUUCUUUUCUUGUUGCUUUUGAGGUAUAUAGUUCCGGAUGCUAUGAUUGACAUUGCUGUAGAUGCCACAGGUGUAAAUGGAGUUUGGAAGCAACAAGAGCGACAUUCAACUGUUGAGAAGAUUAGGAAAACUCCACCUUUUUCUGAAAGGAGUGACUGCAAUGUACAAACCUGAUGCUUUGAUUUAUAGCUGCUUUUGGACUCCUGAUUUAAAUCCUUUGGGAUUAUCAAGGUUUUCUGUUUUGAAUGACCGAGUGACUUCAUCUGAUCAUUUUGCUACCUUCUUAAGUAGCCACUAUGAACUUCAACUGCAUUAAAAAAAAUGGGAUUAAUAUGCAUAAAAUCUUAAUAUAACAGUUAAACAGGUGUGUUCAUGAUGUUGGAAUUAUAAUUUCUGCUUCCCCAACACCUUAAA